GGCUUCCGUGAUGGAAGGGGUGUUCCUGGAGCAAGGCAGAAUUCAUCUCCAGCUCAGCUGCCCAUGGAGGAAAGAGCCUCAGGGGAACAGGAGAACUCCAGGGCAGCCUUCCUGCAGCAGCAUUCCCUGCCCUCCUCGGAGAGCGAGGAUGACGAUGGCUUCAUGGAGCUGCUGGAUGAGCAGGACUUGAAGAACGAUGAGGAGAUGCCCUCAGACGUGUCCAGCCUCUGGACAGCACCGCUGGUCAUGAGGAGAGCUGACAGUCGGGCCAAGCGGUGCCGGCUGUUUGGCUCUUCAUCCAUGUCAAGCAUUGCAGGAAGAACCACCCAGAAAAGGAUGGAGAGAUCCCAGGAGGAGAAUUCUCCAGGGAAAAGCAAGAAGAGGAAAAGCCUGCCCGGAACUUCCGAGGACUCGACGAGCCUGAAGCUGGUGAGGACCCAGCCCUCCACAGCAGAGAUCGAGAGCAUUUUGGACAGUGACCAGAGAGACCUUAUCGGGGACUUCUCCAAGAGUUAUUUAUUUGACACUGUCGAUGGGAAACACCAAGAUUUAAAGUACAUCGACUCCGAAAUGAUUGUGUCUGUGCUGACUGGCAAGUUUGAGAGCUUCAUCAAGCAGUGUGUGAUAAUUGACUGUAGAUACCCCUAUGAGUACGAAGGGGGACACAUCAAGGGUGCCAUAAACCUCCACAUGGAAGAGGAGGUGGAGAAUUUCCUGCUGAAGAAGCCGAUCCAGCCGUCGGAGGACAAGCGCGUCAUCGUGGUGUUCCACUGCGAGUUCUCCUCGGAGCGUGGCCCUCGCAUGUGCCGGUUUGUGAGGGAACAGGACAGGCUGAGCAAUGAGUACCCCAACCUGCACUACCCUGAGCUCUACGUGCUCAAGGGGGGCUACAAGGAUUUCUUCUCGAGGUGCCAGAGCUUCUGCGAGCCCCAGAGCUACCGCCCGAUGCACCACAAGGACUUCAAGGAGGACCUGAAGCGGUUCCGCACCAAGAGCCGGACCUGGGCCGGGGAGAAGAGCAAGAGGGAGAUGUACAGUCGGCUCAAGAAGCUCUGAGGGCUGCAGGGACCUGCAAGGACUGCCCAGCCCGGGGGCUGCAGUGGCACAGCCCCGUGUUCCUGUGCUCCCACUCCCCUGGGUCUCCUCCCUGGGAUCACCUGGACCUCGGCCCCACGAGCCGGACGCCGGCUGGGAGCCGCCUUGGGAUUCUCUUGGUUACGUUGCUUCGUGAAAAUGUUGUGGCUUCUUGUGUUGUGUGACACCCCCAGACCGCCCAGGGAGGCUGGGGACAGCCUCGUGGGGCUGGGCUCGGUGUCAGCACUGCCAGGGAAUUGUAGUGCCUGUUAAUUUUUAAAUGCUUCUUUUAUUUAAAUACAGUCAAAUGAAGCCAA